CGUUCUCAACCGCAAUCAAAUGAUCAGUCGGUUCGCAACUGUUGAAGAGUCAUAUUAAGUUUGAAGAAAUAGAAUAAAGUCUGUCAUUCAGUUUAGCCACAAAAAGAUUAUUAAAAUAUUAUGAAAUAAAAAUUAAUAUCAAUCUCUAAAACGAAUCUGGCAAUUCAAAAGAAAAAAUUAUAACAGUUAACGAUUAUGUAUUUUAUAAUUUUGUUGAUCUUACCGAUUCUUCGGUCAACGGAAGUAAUCGUCGAGGGCAGUGUCCUCGUUGCGGAUAAUACUAUGUCUAGGAUGGUUGAGUUAAACGCUGGCGCACCUUUUUGCGCCUUAUACCACGACCGCGGAGUUAUUCAAAAGAUGAUACUUGGCGCAGAUCCGAAGAAAGUUCGUCAAAUGUCAAGUAAUUUAGUCACUGAUCUCGAAGAAACUUGUAAACAAUCAAGGAAAAAGGGCAAAAAUCAACCUGCAGGGGGUGGUUUAAUCUAUCCAGGUACUAAAUGGUGUGGACCAGGUACUUUGGCAACUUCUUAUGAUGAUUUAGGAUAUCAUGCGUCUGAAGAUGCAUGUUGCAGAGAGCAUGAUCAUUGUCCAGAAGUGAUAAAUCCGCAUCAAUGUUUAAAGAGUAUUUGCAAUAAUUCACCAUUUACUCGAUCCCACUGUGACUGUGACGCUAAAUUUCGACGAUGCCUCCAAAAUUUAAACACUGAAGUUGCUAACACACUCGGCGCUCUCUUCUUCAAUGUCAUACAAGUCACGUGUUUCCAAGAAAGACGUCCGUGUUCGCAAUGGCAAAGUUUUUACAGAACUAGAUUACAGUGGGCUAAUUCUCAAAAAUACUGGCCAAUGAAUGCUCGUCGAUGGCGAUAUCAAUCAAAACCAUUGAUAAAAACUAUAUUCAAUUUUUUUGUUAAUACUAUCAAUAGUAUCAUUAAAUGAUCAAAUAUUCAUCAAUCGACUGUUUUAAAUGGAGUUGGUUAUGAUGAAGCUGAAGCUGAUAGGAUAUGUUCACUAUACCAUUUCCAGCCAAGUGAUAAAUAUGUUCCACUUAUGCCAUUAAAUAUUUGAAUUUUAAUGUCAAGAAUAAUCGAAAUUAAUCUUUUUUAAGUAAUAUUUUUUUCGGGUUCGAUUUGAUCUUUUAAUUAGGUUGAGAACUUAAAAACCCAUUAAAUGUUUAUUACAGUGUAUUUUAAAUAGCGCAACAAUAAUUUUAGUUUUUAUUUUUAUAAGGAAAAAAAAAAAUUAUUCCGAGAAGCUUAAUAAAUUAAUUAAUAGAAUU